GGCGGCGCAGCGUUGGUUUCCCGCAGCAGAAGCAGCAGCGACACCGCAGCGCAGCCUCCAGCUUCACCUGCUCCCCAGAGCUCCAUCCUCUGGUCCGCACUCAGAGCGCUGCCGCAGCACAGACAAGGACGAACAGCUGGAGGAGCAGCUCUUGAGGGAAAUAAAGGGAGAUAACAAGGCUGAAGAUGGUCAAACUGGGGAGUAAUCUUCAGGACAAAGGGGCCAAAGCUGUGAGUGUUGAGGACGGCUUUCAGAAUGUGCCCCUCAUCACUCCUCUGGAUGUUGGCAGCCUCCAGAGCCAAGCACCUGACAAGGUGGUGGUGAAAACCCGUACGGAGUACCAGACAGAGAAGAAGCGGCUGAAGGUUCCCAAGGUGGAGGAGUUUACUAUCAGCCUUACCGAUGGGGUUUCUGAGAGACUGAAGGUGACAAUUCUGAUCAUCCUGGCCUUGGCCUUUCUCGCCUGCAUUGUGUUCCUGGUGGUUUAUAAAGCUUUCACUUAUGACCACGCCUGCCCAGAUGGAUUCAUUUAUAAGCACAAGCGUUGCAUCCCUGCAUCACUUGAGGCCUACUAUGCCGCUCAAGAUGCCAAUUCAAGGGGUCGUUUCUACACAGUGAUCAGCCACUACAGCAUGGCCAAGCAGACCACCUCCCACUCUGUCUCUCCCUGGCUCCCCGGAGGGGCGGCGGGGCACGAAGCUAGACCUCCGAAUGGCGAGGGCCACUGAGUUCAGUGAACGGUUACCCAAUUUAAACACACAACACAUAAACAUAAACACGUGACAAAGUGAAUAAAUAUAAAAGUAGAUCAGGAUGCAGAAACACACAGAUAGAAUAUUUAGAACCAUAGACUAAAGAAACAAAACAUAUAUAGAGCAAAAUCAUGCAUGCAGACAUUAGGUCAGCGUAGAUUUUAGGUCAUCAUGGUCAUUGCAGGAGCAGUGCUUGAACAGAUGAUAACUGAACUUCUUCUUUUGGUUCUUGGAGAUAUUUACCUUUCUCGUCUAAACAGAGUGCUGGGGAGUUCAGUUGCCUUUAAUUUAAGUUUUGUGGACAUGCAGAGAGGGACAUGAGCACAUGCUAGGGCAUAAUCUGAAUAUGUUGUCUGCCCAUCUGUAUCCUCAUUUUCAUUAAAAAUUAACGUCAACGGCUAGUUUAAGUUCUCACACAUACGCACAUGCUGCUCACUCAAUCUUUUUACCAUUACUUCUUAUUUAUUACUUAUUGUCUGUUUCUUUUUUACUGUAAUUUAUAAAUGUUUUUGUAAGUGAUUGCAAAUCUUUGUAUAAAACCACUAGUUAGCAAAAUGUUGUUUCCUUUAGUUCAGAUUCUUUCUAGCUAUCGAUUCUCAAGUGUUUCAGGUGUUGAGGGCUUAGAAUUCGUCAGUCUGGUUUCUAUCUUUCUGUGACCUUGUAUUUUACAAUCAUGUCUUGAACUCACAAUUUUCUGUCUUUAACUGCUUUUGAAAAAAAUCUCUCUAGCCAAUCCACCUUUAGUUCCACAUCCAUACCUGCUCUGGUUUAAGACCAUUUAUCCAUCUAUUGUUGCUGUUUUAUAACUUAUAUACCUAAAUCAUUUCAGUGUGCUGUGCCAUAAACCCAGAUAUCCCCCUAGUCACCUAAGCUGUACAAACGGUUUUGCAUUAAGGCUAGCUUUGUGUGUAUGUACCGUAGUAGCAGGUUUCCCUUCACAUCUUUUGAUUAGAUUUCCAAACAUUUUGCUUCUGCUGCCAGCCUUGUAGCUUUCUGACACAUAUCGUUGAUGUUUUAAAAAAAACAAGAUGUUCUGUACAUCACUGUCUCUCGCCAAGACUGCGUUCAUAGAUGGGCUUCAACUGCAGCUAUAUUUUGUUUGUGUAUUGCUUUUUUCCCCCGUAAUUUGUAAUGUUGGAUAUGUUGUCAAAAGCACUUCAGUAUGAUAUUGCAAUGUUGUUAAAUGUGUUGAUACCUGCCGUAAUUUCUGUGUGCGACCUUGUCCCUGCUCUCUUUGUUUGAAUUGAGAAUUAAACAAGCUGUGACCUGU